UAGAGGAGGGGACACACACUCACUCACCCACACACCCACACACACAGAGCAGCGCAGGUGGUGUCAUGGCGCUGAGGGCGGCCGCUCGGCUGCUGUUCGCUGCAAAUAGCUGUUCGAGUAGAUGGUGUUGUCGAGUCCAGUGGCGAUGGCAUUCAACUGCAGCAGUGACGAAGGGAGAGGUAGACGACAUCAAAGAAAACGUUCAACUUAACAAAAGGAAACCCAAGACUGGAAUCCUCAUGUUGAACAUGGGUGGACCUGAAACGUUAGAUGACGUGCACGAUUUUUUACUCCGGCUUUUCUUGGACAAAGAUCUUAUUCCUCUUCCUGCUCAAAGCAAACUCGCUCCUUUUAUUGCAAGACGUCGUACUCCUAAGAUUCAGGAACAGUACCACAGGAUAGGUGGCGGAUCCCCAAUUAAAAUGUGGACAGCCGUGCAAGGAGAUGGCAUGGUGAAACUGCUCGAUGAAUACUCCCCAGAGACAGCACCGCACAAGUUUUACAUUGGUUUCCGGUAUGUGCAUCCAUUAACAGAAGAAGCAAUAGAAGAGAUGGAGAAGGAUGGGAUUGAGAGAGCAGUGGCUUUCACACAGUAUCCGCAGUACAGCUGUUCUACCACAGGAAGCAGCUUGAAUGCAAUUUACCGAUAUUAUAGUGGCAGGAGGACAGCCCCGAAGAUGAAAUGGAGUACUAUUGACAGGUGGCCAACGCAUCCAUUAUUAAUUCAGUGUGUUGCAGAUCAUGUAUGGCAAGAACUUGAUCGAUUUCCAGCUGAGAAAAGGGCUGACGUGGUCAUUUUGUUCUCUGCGCAUUCACUACCUAUGUCUGUGGUGAAUCGAGGAGAUCCGUAUCCUCAGGAAGUAGGCGCAACUGUCCAAAGAGUCAUGGAAACGCUGAAUUUCUGUAACCCCUACAGGCUGGUUUGGCAGUCUAAGGUCGGUCCCUUGCCUUGGCUUGGCCCUUCGACAGAUGACACGAUUAAAGGGUUGUGUGAGCGAGGCAAGAAAAACCUACUGCUAGUGCCUAUAGCUUUCACCAGUGACCACAUUGAAACUCUACAUGAACUUGACAUUGAAUACGCUCAAAUCUUAGGCAACAAGUGCGGUGUAGAAAAUAUUAGGAGAGCAGAGUCACUCAAUGGAAAUCAACUUUUUAUUAAGGCACUAGCAGACCUCGUAAACACUCACCUCAAAUCAGCAGCAACUUCUUCCAAGCAGCUGAGUCUACGCUGCCCACUUUGUGUUAACCCUGUUUGUGGAGAGACCAAAGCCUUCUUUGCUAAGCAGAAUCUGUGAAAUGGCUCUUGCCAUCAGUUUGUAUCUCCUCCAUAGGUAACGUGAGCUGACGUGAUCACCAGCUUUGGUCCAUUUCCAAUAUCUUGAGUUGACUUCUUGGUUGAGCUUGAAUGCUUAUAUUUGCCCAUUUGUCUCUGAAACUGCUAUACCUUUGUUGCAACGAUACUUAACAUGGAAACUGCACAGUUUCCCUGUCCAAAACUCUGUUACAUUUAAUACUAUUUGACCGCAAGGACAAGCAACUGCAGCAGACACUAGAUAAAACUUGAGUCUGACUUUCUUUAUUUUAAAACAAAGCCUAAAUAUCAACAGUGUUAUCACAGCAAUUAAUUAAGACUUCUGUGAAGUUCAUGAAAGUGAGAGCUCAGCACUGAUCCCAAACUCUUGUGUAAAACUAAAGCUUAACAGUGUUAUUCAUGCACUACUUUUGUUACACAGCUAAGGGUUUUGUUUUUCUUCCAUUAUUUUUUUCAUCUGACAUUUUAUUUAGUCAGGGAGAGUAGACUUGAUAUGACGUGCGUAUACACGACUAUUAAUAAGAUGUUUACUUUGACAGAUACUGACACUUUUGUUUAAUAUGUACACAAUAAUAAUGAAUGUAUUUAGGUUUAGCCACAGUGCACUGAACAAAUUUAAUCACUCCGCUCAUGGCUCGCUAGUAGUUCUGACGCGUUUGCAGGAAUUGGUGCUGGGAAAAUAUUAGCUAUUUCCAAAAACACAAAUGGGAGGGAGUCUGGCUGGGAAUGAAAAGGGGAAUAUUUCAAAGGGAAUGGAAAACUGCAGUUUCUUAAACUAUUGCGGUCAAUGAAGGGGUUUGACUGUGUGAAACGGUAUUAAGUGCCCAAGAAUUACCUGGGUGAAAGAAGACCCAAAGUCCAUCCAGUUCGCCUUCCACUAUCCUGGCAGUCGCUUGCUCAUGUCGUGUCCCAAACUAUAUAUUGUAUCCCAAGAUAAUACUAAUAUUCCUUGCAUUUGAUGUAGCGCUUUUCACGUCUUCUAAACGUCUCAAAGCGCUUCACAGAAUAUACUGUAAAGUGAAUUGACUGUAUAUAUGUGGGUGAAACGCAGCAGAAUUGCGCACAGCAGUGUCCCACAAACAGUCGUGGAUUGAAGUGACCAAUUUUUUUUUUUUUUCUUGAGGGAUUAUUAUCAGGCGUGUGGAGUAAGAAAACUAGCCAAAGAUUUUGCCCGGUCGGGAAUUGAAUCCAAGUCUCUCGCUUGUGAGGCGAGUGCUGUAACCACUGAGCUACAGGACUCCAUUUCUGUUUUUUCCUUAGCUAAUUUGUUCUUGAAAGACUCAACACUUUCUGUCUCAACAUAAUAUGUAGGAGCAGGUUACCUAGGGAGCCAGUUCCAUAUGUUUAGUCUUAUCCUCACCCUCAUUUUCAAGGCCAUCAAUGGCCUUCCUCCCCUCCUACCUCUCUGACCUGCUGACUCCCUACCAAUCUGCCCGUUCCCUCCAUUCAAUGGACUCCGACCUGCUCAUCUCUCCGCCCGACCCGCCCUACCAUCGGUGGCCGGGUUUUCAGCCUCUCUGCCCCCACACUCUGUAACUCCAUCCCACGGUCCCUUUGCUUCGCUUCCUCCCUUUCCUCCUUCAAGGCCGGUCUCAAGACCCUCCUCUUCGAUCGUGCCUUCAGUCGCCCUCCCACCUCUCUGCCUUCCCUCACCCCUGCCCUACUCCUCCCCCAGGCUCGGGUCCUGACCCCUGACUAUCCAGACCUUGGCAGAUCUUCUCGACGUGAAAGGAGCUCCAUAAAUGUAAUUUUGUUGUUCAUACUCGCUCACUGAAACAGUUUCCACAGAUAUGUACUGAAUUUAUCCCAUUCAAUCACAAUGUCGACGAACACUCCCAAAUUACUGAAUUUUGCUCUUAACGUAAGGUGGUAACUUAUUUUUAAGAGUUGGAAGACUUGCUUGCAUUCACCAUUUAAAACACAAGAGUAAUGUCUGUAUAAUGUCCCAUCAGGUUUGAUCCGCUCCCUGCUUUCUAUAUUGGAAAUAUCUUCCCUCCCCCCUCCGAUCCUAUUGUACUCUUUUGUGUGAAUAUAUCUGAGUGUAUUUUCUCCCUCUGAGUUUAUUUGUAAACAGGAUAGUUAGAAGAAGAAUUACAACGUGUUGACUUAGCAUUGAACCUCCUAUACCAUUGCUGUGCCAGACAAGCUGGGUACUUCAUCUCUUAACAGUAAUUAGUUGUACAUGUAACAUAGGGCUUAUGAAAUGGUUGCCUCUUCCUGAUCGAUUUCAAUAAGGGAAAAGUGUACAAAUUCAGCUGUGUUGCAUCUAGGAGGUGAAACUAACAUUCCAGCAUAGAUUAGCUAGUGACCAACCUGCUUCUGUUGGUGAGACAGUUGUGUGAUUUGUUUCCUGUCAAUGAUUCUCACUCUACUCAACAGCUCACCUGAACAAGCUUUUGUAUGGACAUCAGUUUUGUGAGAUAGGGUGACAGCUGCUGUCUAAACAAAUGCCCUGCCUCUUGCUAUCUCUUCCAACCGUAUCCUCUUGCCCAUAUGAUACCGUCUGUUCUCCUCACAUACACACCACACACAAACCCCGACCCACUAAAUGUUCUGUUUGAUUCUCUGUUGCACUACUCUGCUCACACUGGUAGCCUGACAACAUCCAGGGUCCUGAAGGGUGGCAACUUGGCCAAGGGACCGGAGGUGCUUGUGGAAGCAACUCCUUCUCGAGGAGAAGCAGAAAGAAAACUUGUCAAACAGACCCACUAAUGUGCGGGUGCUAAAAGUGCCUAGUGGUACAUGUUUUUUUUGUUCUGUUAUUCUUUGAUUAUAGGUACACAAAUAGAAAGAAGAGCCUUUAUUUGUGCCUUAUCACAUCAAAUGUCUCAAAGUGCUUUACAGUUCUUACUGUUGAUGGUAGUGACUAUUUUGUAGGUAAAUGUUUAUGUCAAUAAAUCUGCUUGUGUUUUAAGAUGAAUUACCCAUCCUGGCGUUUGCUCUCCCUGAUGGACCCCAUCUUGCUUACCUAAUUCUGGGGAGCAGGUUAGCAAGAGCCAAGGUUUGGGAACCCCAGAGUGUGCAUUUGGGUUACUACUGGAGUCUAACCAGCUAACCGCAUGAGAACACUGUCUGGAAACCUCUUUGUGAAUCCUUGUUUGCGUAACAUUUAAAGCAGUGCAGAAUUGAAUGGAGAGCAGAUAAUUUGAGCGGUGGAGACAUAGCUAAAUACUAACAACGUUAAUCUGGACUUCCAUAGUGAUAGAAACGUUUUGUCUGAAACCAUUGUCUUUUAAUAAGAAACCAAUGAAUGUAACUCUUAAAGAAUAGAUUGAAGAUGUAUCGCAUUAUGAUACAGAUUAUUUUUUGUGUGAUGCCGAGUGUCUGUGGAAUUGAAAACAAUGUAUUAAAUUCCAGACCUAAAUACAGGAACUGUUGACAAGUA